CGCGGAGACACGUGGGGAGGGGUCGGGGAGCUUUCUGGUGACACACGAUGUAGCUAGUGACAAUCCCUUGUUUCGCAAAGAGGGUGAGAGAGACAGAGAGAGAGAGAGAUGAGCACAGACAUGCACAGGCAGAGAUGUGAGGAGUGGGCUCUAGCACAGCUCUCCUAAUUCAGCGAUUCAGGAUUUAUUCGUCACCUCUCUACCCCCCCCUGCAGCCUUUUACGCAGCGAGCCUGCUGCAAAAACGCGCCGGGCAAUCCUAAAGCGUGCAGCAGUCAUCAGCCCGCUGCGUGGAUUAACAGCUCUGUCACUACUCUCUUUCAGUGACUGGGUUCUCGGUGGAAUCCGCCACAGCUCAGAUCCGGCAGAGGAUGGAGAAACUACAGAGGGACUGCUGCAUUGAGGAUGCGCCAACGGGGAAACUGCGGGACAAAUAGGGAGCCUAAAAGGAGAGCCGCGGAACUGCGUGUCUAUCUUUGGGGGGAGCCACCCCUCCGGCAGGGUGAUGUUCAUCAUUAUGGGAUAGAUGCACGGGUCUGAUCGUUGCCAUGGACACUCACACGCGUAAAUUUACGGUGCGGAGAUGGUUUUCCAUCUACCUGAAGAACAAGGCAGCGCGGAACAAGAACAGCGCUGGUUUCUGUCAGCUGGAGGAUGACAGUGUUCUCAAGGAGAUUGACAUCAGCCACCAUGUUAAGGAGGGCUGUGAAAAAGCAGACCCGUCUCAGUUCCAGUUAUUGAAGGUGCUGGGACAAGGAUCCUAUGGAAAGGUGUUCCUGGUUAGAAAGAUCAGAGGAAUGGACAGAGGACAGCUCUACGCCAUGAAGGUCCUGAAAAAAGCCACUCUAAAAGUGCGGGACCGAGUGCGAUCAAAGAUGGAAAGAGACAUUCUGGCAGAAGUUAAUCACCCAUUUAUCGUUAAACUCCACUAUGCCUUUCAGACAGAAGGAAAGCUAUAUUUGAUCCUGGACUUCCUCAGAGGAGGAGACCUCUUCACUCGUCUGUCCAAAGAGGUAAUGUUUACAGAAGAGGAUGUGAAGUUUUACCUUGCAGAGUUGGCCCUGGCCUUGGACCAUCUGCACAGUCUGGGAAUAAUCUACAGAGACCUUAAACCUGAAAAUAUUCUCCUGGAUGAGGAAGGACACAUAAAGAUUACAGACUUUGGAUUGAGUAAAGAAGCCAUUGACCACGAUAAAAGAGCCUACUCCUUCUGUGGAACCAUUGAGUACAUGGCACCUGAAGUUGUAAACAGAAGAGGACACACACAGAGUGCUGACUGGUGGUCCUUUGGCGUCCUGAUGUUUGAAAUGCUGACAGGGUCAUUGCCAUUCCAAGGAAAAGAUCGGAAAGAAACAAUGGCACUAAUUUUAAAGGCAAAGCUUGGAAUGCCACAGUUCCUCAGCCCUGAGGUGCAGAGUUUAUUGAGAGCACUCUUCAAGAGGAAUCCUGCCAACCGUCUAGGUGCCGGACCGGACGGAGUAGAGGAAAUCAAGAGACACCGCUUCUUUGCAUCAAUUGACUGGAAUAAGCUGUACAGGAAGGAGAUGAGGCCUCCAUUCAAACCGACUGUUGGAAGACCCGAAGACACUUUCCACUUUGACCCUGAGUUCACCUCCAGAACACCAACAGAUUCUCCGGGGAUUCCUCCGAGUGCAAACACACACCAGCUGUUUCGCGGUUUCAGCUUUGUGGCAACGAAUCAAAACCAAGAAGCCACUGUUGCUGCUGUAGUUCCUUCCCGUCAGGAAGUGAACAUCAACCCCAUAGCGCAGCAGAUCCGCAGCAAUGUGGCAUUCAAAGAUACGUAUGAGCUGAAAGAAGAAGUUGAACAGACCGGAGCCUUUGUCCGCAGAAGAUGUCUGCACAGAAUUACUGCUGUGGAGUAUUCAGUGAAGAUUAUUGACAGAGCCAAGAAAGAUCCAUCAGACGAGAUUGAAAUUCUGUUACGAUAUGGACAGCAUCCAAAUAUAAUUACGCUGAGGGAUGUUUUUGACGAUGGCCAAAGUGUUUUCUUGGUUUUUGACGUAAUGCGAGGAAACGAACUGCUGGACAGAGUUUUGAGGCUGCCGGAUUUCACAGAGAAGGAUGCGUCAGACAUCAUUUGCACGCUGACCAAGACUGUGGAGUAUUUACACUCCCAGGGGGUUGUUCAUCGAGACCUGAAGCCCAAUAACAUCCGUUAUGCUGAUGAGGCUGGGCUCACAGAAUCCAUCAGAAUAUGCGACUUCGGCUUUGCCAAACAGCUCCGGGCAGAAAAUGGCUUGCUGAUGACGCCAUGUUACACGGCCACAUUCAUGGCUCCCGAGGUUUUAAGGAAGCAGGGCUACGAUGCAGCCUGUGAUAUCUGGAGCCUGGGGAUCCUCCUCUACACAAUGAUAGCUGGUUUCAGCCCAUUUGCCAGUAGCCCUAAUGACUCAGCAGAGGAGAUUCUGGCUCAGAUUGGAAGUGGGAAAGUUGUUAUCACAGGAGGCAACUGGGACGUGGUGUCUGAAGCUGCCAAGGACAUUGUAAUAAAGAUGCUCCAUGUGGACCCUCACCAGCGACUAACUGCCCCGCAGGUUCUUCGGCACCCCUGGAUUGUAGAGAAAGAGCAGCUCUCUGACACACCUCUCACCAGGCAGGAUGCUCUCACUGUCAAGGGGGCUCUGUCUGCCACAUAUUCAGCUCUGAAGCGCUGUGCUCCUGCUCCAGUCCUGGAACCAGUGCAAUCCUCCAGUCUGGCUCAGCGAAGAGGGCUGAAAAAACUGGGCAGUUCAAGCGUCACCUCUGAACCUAAAGAAAAGGAAUAACUUCAAUUUCAGGACAGGAAGACAGAAGGGAAACAAUAACGACCCACUUGAAAAAGACUGUCUCAUAUUCUGACAAGCACAAAUCAUGCCUAAUUAACACUAAAGUGGCAUCAAGAUUGACUUCUGUUCACUUGGUUAUCGUUGCAAUUUCCAAACUGUAUCUAAACGAGAUAAACUUACACUGUGACAUAACAUUUGUUAUGCAUGUCUUCAUAGAGAGCUCUAUGAUCCCAAUGAAGUGGCUUUAGUGGAGAGAGGGUUACAUUUUAAUAAGCAGAUGCCUUCAUAGAUCCUUUGGAUCUUUCCGACCUGUCCUGUAGCCAUUUCAUUCAAACUUGAUACCAAAACGACCCCUUUGUGGAGUAUGAAACGGCCCUUCCGGUCAUUUGCAACAAACGUGCACUCAUUCGAGUCCAAGCAAAGCAAAUGUAAACACGCCUGGUCAUAAAGGAGGGAAGACUUUUGUGCAAUAAACACUGUGCAAUACAUCCAGCUCAACUGGAACUGCCUUGAGUUGCACGUAACCUAAAAUGAGAAGAAUGGACAGGAAAAAAAAAAAAAAGGAAAACCACAGUUCAGUGCCACAAAGACCAUAAAGUAGAUCUUUUAUUAGCUUAUAUUUUGACACAAAAAGGUGUCACCCAUAACAGUAACAAUAUUUUCCUUCCAUCCUUCUGGGAGUUUUGGGGUUUUGCAUGUAAAUGUAGAAAAGUAUGUGAAUAUCUUCAAAUAGUGAGGUAGGUUGGAGGCAACUAUGGCGCUGACUUUCAUUUUCAUAAUGUGUGCUUCAUAGUUGUAAAUGUGUACAUGUAUUCUCUGCAGCGUUUUUGCAGUUAAAUGUAUCCCUGAUCCAUAAUUGUGGGUGGGAUGCAGUAGCUGUGCCAUUCCUUAAACCCAUUGCUCUGAGCAAAACCUUCCGUCCACGCAUCGUGUCGUUUCAUCAUCUCCGAAUGUGAGGAUCCGUUAUUGUAUUUGCCCUCUGCUGAGACUAGCAAUACGCUUGUUUUUUUUCCAUUAGCGUUUCAGAGUCAGAAUAUUUGAGAACCUCUGUGCUAAAUGUUCGUUUAUGCUGUUGUUCACUGCAGUCCUGGUUGCACCGGUUAAGAGGUAAGAUCAUGAAAAGCCUCAUCAAAUACAGACGUGAGUAGCACUUAUGUUGUGUUAAACAUUUACAGCGUUCUACCUUUUGCCAGGAGAAAUGUAGGCUAUAAUGUUCCACAGUUUACAUAAAGACUUACUGUUAGAAGCUUAAACCAUGCAAAGCAAAUAUGGUAACUAAGACCCCCUGUAGCUGAUUGUGUACCUCCAUGCACCGACCACGCCGGUCCUGUUGCUUUACACAUCUGUAACAAAUGUAGGUGGGACUGUUGCUAUAUAAGUGCACAAUUAUAUUUUGUGUAAUAUGCCCCAUGUUGGAGGUGAAGCUGUACAUAUUGUUUGCUAAUUUAGGAUGUACAUACUGUCAUGCAAAUCCCACACUGAAGAGGUCAAAAUCUGUGUGUGUAUGUGUAUAUAUGCCCAGCUGUACAAUGACACACAGCCCAGAGGACUGUAAAUGAUGUGUUUGCAUUUAUAAGGAAACUGUAAAUAUACUGAGGUAUUGUUCAUCAACUGCUUAUGCUGCACAGACUCUCUCCACCUGGUCAGACAUUGAAAUAACUGGCUAAACGGUCAAAGGUUUACUAAUAAAGUAUACGAAUGGGUACACAAAAA